GAAACAGGACAUCGGGUUCUUGUGAAACCCUGCAGGUGUGUGUUUGUGGACUUUUGUCCUCAGGCGGUGUCCUCUUCUUCUACCUGUCCGGUGAGUCCACACCUUCAGUCGAAGGGACGAUGUCCAACCUGCCGGAUGUUCCUGCUCGCCAUGAACUGGAAACAACCGGGAAGCGGCAGGAAAACAAAAUGAAUAAAUUUCCCGGAAUGUAGUUUCGUUUGGAAGUUUUUGUUUCCUUAGAGCUUGAAGAGAGUAACUGAAGAGAAAUGUCUCACAAGAGGAAGAUGUUUGCCUUCCUGCGCUCAGGCAGAGAACCUCCGCCUGAGAACAUCCACAUCUCCUGUCUGCCUCCCAGUGUUCCCACAGACCACGAGACAGAACAAACUGGAGGACAAGCUGGUGAUGUGGAGGGAGAGAACGCAGUGAUCCAAACGACACACACUCACAAAGUGUCCGCCCCUUCGGUCUUCCUCCAGAAACAGAACGAUGAACCUGUUUCUGGGACAUACUUUGAUCAGAGGGUCCCUGUUCCUGAGGACAACAGCGAGAGGUGCUUCAGUUUCAGUAAGCUGUGGGCCUUCACUGGGCCGGGGUUUCUGAUGAGCAUCGCCUACCUGGAUCCAGGUAACAUCGAGUCUGACCUGCAGUCUGGUGCUAAAGCUGGCUUCAAGCUCCUCUGGGUGCUCCUGUCUGCCACCAUCAUCGGCCUGCUGCUGCAGCGGCUGGCGGCACGGCUUGGCGUCGUCACUGGGAUGCACCUGGCCGAAGUUUGCAACCGCCAGUACCAAACGGUGCCUCGUAUCAUCCUGUGGUUGAUGGUGGAGCUCGCCAUCAUCGGCUCAGACAUGCAGGAGGUCAUCGGCUGCGCCAUCGCUUUCAACCUUCUCUCCUCGGGCAGGAUCCCUUUGUGGGGCGGCGUCCUCAUCACCAUCAUCGACACGUUUGUCUUCCUCUUCCUAGAUAAAUACGGUCUCAGGAAGCUGGAAGCCUUCUUCGGUUUGCUCAUCACCAUCAUGGCCAUCACGUUUGGAUAUGAGUAUGUGAUAGUGAAACCAGACCAAGGCCAGCUGCUGAAGGGGAUGUUCAUGCCGUACUGUGAGGGCUGCGGGCCGGUCCAGCUGGGUCAGGCCGUCGGCAUCGUGGGAGCCGUCAUCAUGCCUCACAACAUUUACCUCCACUCUGCUCUCGUCAAGUCUCGAGAAGUGGAUCGAUCAAACAAGAAAGAAGUGAAAGAGGCCAACAAAUAUUUCUUCAUCGAGUCGACCAUCGCGCUGUUUGUCUCCUUCCUCAUCAACGUGUUUGUGGUGGCUGUUUUCGCCGAGGCUUUCUAUGGACGCACAAACGAAGAGGUGUACAGCGUCUGCAAUGAAACAGGAAAUCCUCAUUUAGAUAUUUUCCCUCUGAACAAUGAAACUUUGGAGGUGAACCUCUACAAAGGGGGAGUAGUGCUGGGCUGUUUCUUUGGCCCUGCAGCACUCUACAUCUGGGCCGUGGGGAUCCUUGCAGCUGGUCAGAGCUCCACCAUGACUGGAACAUACUCCGGCCAGUUUGUCAUGGAGGGUUUCUUGAAUCUGCGCUGGUCGCGUUUCGCUCGGGUGUUGUUGACCCGUUCCAUCGCCAUCACUCCCACCCUGCUGGUUGCCAUCUUCCAGGAUGUGCAGCAUCUGACGGGCAUGAACGACUUCCUCAACGUGCUGCAGAGCAUGCAGUUGCCAUUUGCCCUCAUUCCCAUCCUCACUUUCACCAGUUUGCCAUCUCUCAUGAACGAGUUUGCCAACGGAUUAGUGUUUAAGAUCGGAGGAGGCAUCGUGAUCCUGAUCGUGUGUGCCAUCAACAUGUACUUUGUGGUGGUCUAUGUGACUGACCUCAACAGUGUGUGGCUGUAUGUGCUGGCAGCGUUCCUCUCCAUAGCAUACCUGACAUUUGUGGGAUAUUUGGCGUGGUUGUGUCUGAUCGCUCUGGGAGUUUCCUGCCUGGAUCCAGCUAACAAGAGAGGGAAUGACACGACCAUCCUGAUAGAGCGGCAGCCAGAGUUUGACUCCUGAAUCAAAUGUGGACGUUAAUUUCAAAGGUGCAGCUGUGAGCAGCCUGACUGACCUUUUACUCUCUCCAGCACAUUUAGUCUUCCUAAGUGCUUCCUAGGUUUAUUUAUAGUAGAUCUAAUGAAUUUGUUUUAUAAAUGGAACAGAUUAUUUUAUUUAGUAAUGAAGAAGCUGCUGUUUGUAUUGUCUGUAUCUAUAGUCACUCCUCAAUAACUGAUAAUGUAAAACAAUUCAGAUGAUUUUUGCCAAACAGCAUGGACCGUAAAAUAUUAUGGAUGUCACCCACUGGUUUGUGGACGGCCAUUUUGAAGCCUCAAGCUCGGUAUUUCAGCUGUUGCCAUCUUGGCUUUUUGGAGCCAGAGGUGACUAUAUUUGUACAAAAGGGUGGAGCUGUGGAGGAGUGAGGGUUGGAUCUGGACUGAAAGACUAUAUCAGCGCCUUGCAGACAGCCUGUCACUCAUGUGGCCCCACCCUUCAAAAUGCAUAACGUUAACCCUUUAUAAAAUGUAAGCAGGUGAGUUAUAUAAAAAUUCACCCAC